AUGGCUGAUCAGUGCGCUGUUGGCCCGGAUGGCCAACUUCUCGAUGCUAGCAAGAUUACAUUUUAUCACGACGUCAAUGAUAAGGAGCCCCUCCCUCCUGCUGUCCCAGCCCAAUCUAUGGGUCGCGGUCAGCAUGUCAAAUUGAUCGCUCGCUUCCAAGCCUCUGUUCGGUCUGACCAGUUUGACGAUGAUGGCCAGCUGGAUGCUGCUCAGCCAAAGCGCCGCCGCAAGAAGAAGACGAAAGCAGCAAAUCCCGACACCAACGCCAAAGAUGGAACUUUUGCUGUUGACUCGAGCUCAGAUGCAGAAAUGGCAGACAGCGGGAGUGAUGUCGAGGGAAGGCUUGUUAUGAACACAGAGCUCGCCGACAUGCUUCCAGCCAAGACUAUCCCAGGUGGUGUGUCACGUAAGCACUCCAAGCGCCGCCAGUCCUCCAGUGCUGCUCUCCCCACCAUGAAGAAGCUCUGUCAGCGCGCCACAGUCGAAGAUGCAGAAAACAAUGAAGUACAGGUUGUCAACACACUGACGUCGAUCAUCAUCACUGAGGCACCUCCACUACCAUCUCACCCUCCGUCUCUCAAGAAGGCCGGAUCAGCCUCAAGUGUUGCAAGCACAGCGACACGUGGGAAGCGCAACAACAUCUACCUGUUCUACGAGGAGGUGACCACCGCCGCUGAUGGAACCACUGUUGAGGGCAAUCGGUACUACUGUUGCUAUCAUGGCUCACGCAAGGUUUUUACCAUCACACCUGCUAUGAAACACAGUGUCAAAAACAUGAUCCAUCACCUCGAGGCCCACUUCCCUCAGAUGCACAAGCUUUGGGCACACCUCGAACGACGCAGGGAGCUGCCUACCGAAAUUGAAAUCAAGAUCGUGUCAGCUUCGAAGGAGUUGAGCCAGAAAGAUAUGGCCAACUACCUGAAGUCAACUUGGGAUCAAGGACACUUCGAAGAGCUCCUUGCCAAGUGGAUCAUUGAAUGUGACGAGCCGUUUGAUGUUGUCGAAUGUCCAUCGUUCAAGGAGCUACUUUCCUAUGUACAUCUAUUUUCAUGCCAACCGCUGAAGACACCAGGCCGCACCGCAAUACAUACGAAGAUCAUGAAGCUUGGGGAGGACACUAUUGAGGGAGUCAAAUCUUCGUUUGAGGCUCUUGAAUCACAAGUGUCGCUCUCUUUGGACACUUGGACAUUGGAGAAUCAGAUUGUGUUUCUUGCUAUAGUUGCUCACUACAUCACAAACGAUGGGGAAUUAGAAGAGCUUCUGAUCAACUUCAAAGAAAUCAUCAGAGAACACAGUGGCGAGAACAUGGUGUCGAUGGUCUGGGAGACGCUUGAGCUUUAUGGUUUGAAAGGAAAGAUUGUGUCCCUCGUUAUGGACAAUGCAUUUAACAACGACACACUUGUUGAGGGUAUAGCAUCACGGUGCAAGCAAGAGGGCAUCCCUUUUUCGGCACAGGAUGCGCGUGGCCGCUGCAUGCCCCACACAAUUCAUUUGGCCACUGUACUGCUCCUCGAGAACAUUGGUGCCAUCUCCAUCGCUGCUGGCAGCUUUGCACCUGGUGAUGAUGACAAAGACCCAAAUAUUGUCGACAGCGAGCCCCUCAACCUCGAUACCAUUGACCCAAUUGACACGUCUGCAAUUGGCAAGCUUUGCAAGAUUGUUCAUGCUGUUCGUUCCAGCCCCCAACGUCGUGCUGCAUGGCUUGACGAGAUACGCUCGCAUAACGUGGCAACUAGGGACAACUUGAAGUUGCUCAUGUUAAUCUUGGACGUCCAGCGCACUGCAGAGCUCGAGAAGCCACUCAACAACUUUGUUGCGAAGACCCGCCAGCUUCGUCUGUAUGAGCUGACUGACCAGGACUGGACCUCAGUCAAGAUGGUCAUGGACUGGCUUCAUAUCUUCAAGGAUGCGACCCAACAGAUGUCGGAUAAGCUCAAGACCAUCCUAUGCUCCCUGCCCGCCAACGUUCCCACCAAUGUCAAGAACGGUCUGGUUCGAGCCCAUCAAAAGCUGAGUGAUUAUUACUUCAAGUUUGACCAGUUGCCGCAUGUUUGUUGGGCUGCCUUGUUGGACCUGCGCAUCUCUUACACUGCUCUCACUGAAGACUUUGCUGACGACCUUGAUCUCUCUGACAGCCUCGAAACUCUCAAAACCGAGCUCAGAACAUACUAUCUCACCAAUUAUGCUGGAUGUCACACUUCUUUCCCCUCAUCCACUCAAGCCUCAUCGCAUUCGACUCUGGGGACCUCAGUGUCAUCAGCACCUAUCACCAACUUCACUGCUUGCUAUCAGUGUUGUCCAUGGGCAACCACAGAUGAGCUGACUGAAUACUUUCGCCUUCCACAAGAGGACUUCAACACAUGCGACCCCAUCAAGUAG